CUGUCGAAAAACGUUGCGAAAACUAACCAGGCAAAUAUGAAAACGUGGGUAGUGUAUCUGCUCCAUAAUAGUAAGCGAAAUUGACUUGUUAACGGUACUAGAUUUAGUUCUAUGCACGUGUUUAAAGUUAAGUGUGUUCAGAUUACUGUAUAAGGCGUCAGUGUUAUUUUAAUCAUGGCACUUUACAUGAAAGCGGCAGAGAUUCUUGAAAAAGUGGAGCAGAAAAAGGGUGCAGUGAAAACUCUGGUUUAUGACAGUAAAUUUCAAAACAUCAAGCAGCUCUUUGCUCUUGUGUGUGAGACACAGAAAUACUCUUCAGUUCUGCAGCAGAUCAUCAACAGCACCAAGCUUCUGAAAGAAACAAAACUGAGGAUUCAUUUAGCUAAGGUGCUGGUGUAUGACAUGCUCAUUGGUCACGGGGUGAAAUGUGGAGGCACCUGGAAGACGAUGAUGCUGAAGCAUCGCUCCAGACUACAAGCUGCCUUGGCAAGAAUCAAAGUCAAGAGAAAAGUCAGUCGAAAUCAAGACCUGCUGCCCUCCAGUUUCCAGCAGACUCAGGAUGAUGUGAUUCCACGCUAUGUGCGAGUGAACACUCUGAAAACCACUCUUGAUGAUGUCAUUGACUAUUUAAAACGAGAGGGAUUUUCAUAUCAAGGAACAUUAAGUCGGCUUGAGGAUCUCGAUCGUCUGUCUGGGAAGACAUUUCUGUGUGAUCUUCAUCUCCAAGAUCUUCUGGUUUUCAGUGCAAAAACGGACUUUCACAAUCACUUCCUUUAUAAAGCAGGACACAUUAUACUGCAGGACAAGGCCAGCUGUCUUCCUGCUUUCCUCCUAAAACCCCGAGUUGGCAGCCACGUCAUCGAUGCUUGUGCAGCUCCAGGGAACAAAACCAGCCAUCUAGCCGCCUUAAUGAAAAAUAAAGGGAAGUUGUUUGCAUUUGAUCUUGAUGCAAAACGUCUGUCCACCAUGAGCACUCUUCUCCUUCGUGCCGGGGUCACAUGCCAUCAGCUGGCCAAUCAGGAUUUCCUGAAAGUAGAUCCACAGAGAUCAGAAUACAAGGAAGUCGAGCACAUCCUUCUGGACCCCUCCUGCAGUGGAUCAGGGAUGGUUUGUCUGCGGGAUGAGGUCUCCGAGCCGCAGGAUGAGGGGCGUCUGCAGGCGCUGGCUACAUUUCAGCUGCGCUGUCUCAACCACGCGCUGCUGUUCCCUCAGGUACAGCGCGUCGUCUAUUCCACCUGCUCCGUUCACUCACAGGAGAACGAGGAGGUUGUGUCGGCCUGCUUACAGCAGAACCCUGGAUUCAGAUUAGUCCACCUUCUUCCAAACUGGCCUGAGAGGGGUCAGGAGCCUUUCACCCAGUGCCUUCGUGCCAGCACAGCAAAAACACGCACUCAUGGCUUCUUUGUGGCCAUGCUGGAGAGAUGCCCCCCGCAGACACACGAAGAAAAUCUCCCAAUCGUCACAACAUUGCCGUCUGGUGGUGAGGAAAAGCAGGACACGCAUCCAUCUGGUCCAUCUGAUGAGGAACAAGAGAACACAGACGAGCAACUGACAAAUCCAGUCUCAAAGAAGAAGAGGAGAAACAGAAAGAAGCACAAAAAGCAAGAAUCCUGAAGUUAUUGCAGACUUGAAAAUCAUCUGUCCUCAGCUAUAUUACCACUGAAAAACUGACUCCUGCUUUUAUUGAAAUGUGAUAUAAAUGGUUUCAAGUCAGACCCUCAGAUUUAUUAUUUCAAAAUGUAUUAUCCAUCAUGCAUUGAAACACCGCUGAUGAGCAAAAUUAAGAUCAACAGCAAGUCAACUUUACAUUUUUAUUGGAAACCAGCAUGUCAUUAUCAGAGCAUUUAUGCAGACACAACACAAUCCGUGUGCCGCUUCACUCAGAACUCCAUUCACGCUUUGAGGGUUGGUGGGAAUGGUCAUUUACACACAAACUGAGCAUUCACUAACAGCAACGUCUUAAAAACAUACAACUAGGUACAACUGCUCUCAAACAUUCACAGCUUGAGAAAUCCAGCUCUCAUCUCAACACACAUCUCAUUUUCUCAACAGUCUACACGUCUCGCUUGUAUUUGGUACGGCUUUCUAAUAAACAGAAAGCCUGGGCUCAUGCUUCCUUGCAUCAGUCUGGGCAUGAGGGAUACUUCAAAAAUGUGACUAAUUACAAAUUAUGUUAAGACCUACAUGAGAAAAGCCAUGCAAAGGGGGACAGAGAUGGCUACAUUGUUGUAAAAACAACUGCUGUCCCCAAUUUAGUGGAUUUUUCAGGUCAAAGAAUGAAUGGUAAACCAAAUAAAAAUACAAUAAACCUCUAAAAUGAAUGGUAUUUUUGUGCUUCCAUAUUUGUGCAUUGAAGUACUAAUUAAAUCCAGUGUUUUGUGGAUAUACAACAUUGUAUACUGACUAAAAACAAAUUAUACUACACAGCUCUUUCACUUAACAGACCUGAGAACAUGUUAAGACUUAAAAUCUUCAGGUAUCGGCGGUCUACAUAAUGUCUUGACUGCAUUUCCCAACAGAUGCUGAUCCAGAAACCUUCUAAAGACAUGCCGUUUCAAACGCAGGUUGCUAUAUCUUGGUAUUUUAAAACACAUCACAAGCAUGCACAAACCAUAGAUUUCAUACAAAGCCAGGAAUGGUUCAUACAAAAAUUCAGUAAUGGUUUUCAUGCACAUUUAAAAAAAAAAAAAAAAAACAAAA